CAUUUCUGUACAUAAUCUUGCAUUUCCAUAACUCUCGCCUAUAACUUGGCAACACUUAUUUGAUUCCUGCCUGCCAACCCUUCACUUAGCAUCCCCUUCGUCGUACUUAAUUAACGAAUGGACCUUCUGGAGACACCCGAUAGACGCCUCCGUCUGAACAAAAGGUCUACUCUCCCUUCGUCUUAUGCAUUCACACCAAAAUGGAUGAAAAAUACUACAGAAACCAUUCGCUCGGGCUCGGAAAGUACUACAGCUGAUGAGCCCUUUCCUAGUCUCGUUAAUGCGACCACAAGUGAAAAGAAAAAGCGGUCAGUAUGGAGUGAUACGGCUACUGUUAAGAAAAAAGUAUCGUCUGUUGAUGCUCCUGUCAAUGAUCCAUUUGCGGGUAUGAAUGCAUGCGUCGACUAUGAGGCUGAGAUUGAGCGCCUUAAGACCCUUGUUCCAAAGGUGGACGCCAAGAGACGCACAUCUCCCCGCCCAAAGUCAGUUGUCCCCUCACAGGACACCAAAUCAUCCCGAAAUAAUUGGAUAUCAAACAACAGGACUGUCGAAAAGUAUAGUGAUAAGUUUAGCGAUGGUUCUAGCGAUAGUUCAAGUGACGGGUCGAGCGAGAAAGAUUUAGCACCUAUCCAACCCCCGAACAAAGAGACACUAGAAUCUUCGUCAGAAAAAUGUAGCCAAGCUAUCAGUGAAGAAGAUAAGAUUCGAUUUUUAGAGUUCGUUCGCAAUAGAACAAGUGGCUGGAAUGGGUGGGAGAGCAACUACCAGACAGAAAUCCAUAAGACGGACUCGCUGUGGGAAGAGCCAACUCCAUGGGAUUCGCCUGUCUACCAGCGACAAUGCCUUCAAGGAUCAUUACAGGAGAAGCGAAAGAAUCCAUUAGUGAUCAGCAUGCCAGCACGCGCAGGUUAUGACCUUUUGACAAGUUCUGAGCCUAGUACACCUUCAAGCUGUAGCACCCAAAAUUCGUUCUGGUCGUGGCCCAUCACAUGUAUGUCUUCUAACAAUAUGACAAUUGAUGACGACCUCCCACGACAGACAACCUCUUCCAAACUACUACGAUCAAAUCCAUCCCUGCAGGAACCUCCGGGGAUUGCUGGCCCUUUUUACCGCAACGAAGUCUCAUUCAUCCCUCACUUCUAAGACCCCCCCUCCACCUCCAACCAACGUAAACGCGUAUUCAACAUCAAUGACAUUUCAACCAAAAAAAAAACAACAACACUCUAUCCGACAUAACUCUCCCUCUAAUAAUUUCCCUUAUAAUUCAUACAUUUUCUUUUAGACAUUUUUUCUUUGUUUAAAUAGCUUUACAAUCAUACUACACUUCAUAACAAACGUUUUAUUUAUUUAUUUAUUGAUAACAUAUUCCUGGGGACAAAAACCCCCCUAUUGUCCUCAAUAUCUGCGGGGUAAAAAAAAAAUAAAAAUCGAAAAUUACAUUACUUUUUUUACUU